AUGGCUUCAAAAGUGCAUCAAACGUGCAGGAGGUAUGGGAAAACCAUUGGGAAACCUGAAGUCUUAUUUUCAAAUAUAAACCUUGAAGUGGACAGUAAAAAAAUCGAAACUGUGUUAGCUGUCGAAGGUGGCAAAGUAGAUCUACAAUGCGACAUCACACCACCCUCACCAGAUGACGAAGUCGCCCUAGUGCUAUGGUACAAAGACGAAAGUACCACACCUUUGUACAGUUUAGAUUCUAGAAGAAGAGGACUUUACCAAGCUAAGCAUGCUCCUGGUCAAGAAAUAAUGGGCCGAGCGUACUUGGAUAUGUCUACACAUCCUACAAUGCUUAAGCUUGAAAAGCUAAAGGCUGAAGAUGAGGGCGAAUACAGGUGUAGAGUUGACUUUAAAAUUGCCCGAUCUAGAAAUUCAUUAGUUAUUUUAGAAAUUAUAAUUCCUCCAAAGAAGCCAACAAUAAAAGAUUCCAGUGGUGGAACUCUACAACGAGUCACAGGACCUCAUAAUCUGGGUUCAAGACUAGUACUCUCUUGUGAAGUUGAAGGAGGAAAGCCCUCUCCAUCAGUAACGUGGUGGAAAGACUCCAUAUUGUUAGAUGAUUCCUAUCAAGUCCAUUCCCAAGUAGUCCAUAACGAACUAGUGGUAGAUUCAUUGGAUAGAAAUGAUCUACACAGCGCAUACUACUGUCAAGCUUCUAAUAAUAAUAUAUCUGAGCCAACAGUAUCCUCUGUCACAGUGGACAUGAACCUUCCGCCUGUUGAAGUGCAUAUCGAAGACAAAAAGCGUGCCUUAUCGGCGCAGAAGCCAGUGGAACUUGUGUGUCGGGCCGGGGGAUCCAGACCCCCCGCGAACAUUACAUGGGCAAUUGGUCAUCUUCCGCUAAAAGGAACAAAAGAAAAGAUCUCCUCGGAAGGCAAUAUCACCACCGGUAGAUUGACAUUCAUUCCGACGAUAGAAGAUCGGGGAAAGAACAUCACAUGCAGGGCGGAAAAUAUGCUCUUACCUCGUAGUGCCAUUACAGAUGAAUGGAGGGUGGAUGUACACUAUGUUCCUCAGCUAACCUUAAAAUUGGGAAGCAAGCUACGGCAUUCUCAUAUACAGGAAGGCAAAGAUGUAUAUUUAGAAUGUGCAAUAAUCGCUAAUCCUCCCGUAUCAGAAAUCGGCUGGAGAUUCGAAGACAGAGAGCUACAUACCAACAAAUCAGCUGGAAUUAUUGUCAGCAACCAGUCGUUAGUUCUGCAAAGCGUGAAAAAGAGCAACCGUGGAAGAUAUACUUGUACAGCAGAUAACUCUGAAGGAAAAGGAGAAAGUGCCGCUUUAUACCUUAGAGUACAGUACGCUCCAGUUUGCAAAUCCGACCAAAAACUCUUAUACGGAGUGGCAAGACACGAACCAGUCAAAGUUUCAUGUGAAGUGGAAGCAGAUCCAUCUAAGGCGGAAUUUGCAUGGAAAUUCAAUAAUUCCGUGGAGAGUAUGGACGUAGUAUCGUUUGCGAGUGAGGAAAGUCGAAGCAUUGCCACUUAUAUUCCUAGAACAGAAUAUGAUUAUGGAACACUGCUCUGCUGGGGGAGGAAUUCCGUGGGCAUGCAGAAAGAGCCCUGCGUCUUCACCGUCAUUCCAGCAGGUCAACCAGAUGCCGUUCAAAACUGCAGUGCAAGCAACCAUACGGAAGAAUCUUUCAUGGUAAGAUGCCAAGAAGGCUAUGACGGUGGUUUGCAGCAGAGCUUUAUUCUGGAGAUUUAUGAUGCUGAUCAUGUGCUCAUGAUGAACAACAUGACGAAUCUGACGCCGAUUUUUAACGUAUACGACCUAACGCCCGGUACUAGUUUCGUUGUAGCUGUGUAUGCCUACAAUUCCAAAGGACGAAGUGAUCCAAAGAUAAUUAGGACAAGUACAUUAUCUACACCUGAAAGUUUGACGCAAAGAGAUGACCCUUGGCAGGCAACGUUUAGUCCAGUCUUGAUAGUUCUUAUUUGUGUUGUUGUCGUUCUAGUGCUACUCGCAAUUACAAUCAUAUUAGUUUUCAAAGCGAGAAAUAGAAAAGAAAGCAAAAAAGGAGUCGAAAUGUCGACAGAGUCCCUGAAAGGUAGUGAUAUUCACAAACCCGACAUACAUAGGGAUAAUGUGAAUUGGGAAACUCGAUUAGUAAAUGAAGCUAAUACGAAUUUUAGCAGUAUGGACUAUCCGACGAAUUGGGGAAUACAUCAGAGACCUCUACUGAAACAGGUGCCUUCCCCUUCUGUUCCUCAGAUGCCAACUGGUCCCCUGCAGCCCCUGAGAGAAUACACAUCACCUACUCAGCACCCGCCAGUGCCACUACAUCACCCCCUGUCCCCUAUAGCCACAACUCCAACAUCUGCGGCAACAACACUGCGGGCAGAAUGGACUAUUCCCAGAGCAACAAACAAAUUGAAAAACCGACAAACGGAUGUCUGA